GACCAUCAAUUUGUUUACAUACAAGAAAAGAAUCCAAGAUAUCAUUCAUUCAUGGAUGAUUAUCAUUUUAUUGGUCUAUAAAAAAAAGAAUAAUAAAUUCUUAUAAAUUUCUAAAUCGUCAUUUAGUAUGCAUCAUCAACGUGCUAUGAAUCCAUUAGAUAUCUGUAUGGAUUAUGGACAUGCAUCAAAUUCAUCAACAAUGCAGCCAUCAUCCUCUUCAUCGAAUCAUGUUUCCACAACAUCAUCAUCACAACAGAAUAAUAAUUCUGGACCAACGCUAACAACACCACCACCACCUCCACCACCACGUCCAACUUCAAGUCAAUCGACUUUGUUGAAUUCAAGUCCAAAUCUAAUUCUAUCCACUGGAUUUCAUUAUUCAUUAAGACCACCACAACCAAUACCUUCAUCAAAUUCUUCAUCGGUUACUAAUCUUGAUUUGAAUACCGUAGCUAAACGUUUUGAAUAUACAUCGGAAAAACAUCCUAAAUUAUUGCUAGAAUCAUUAUCAAUAUUACGUCGACGUCGAGAACUUUGUGAUGUUGUUCUCAUUGUUGGUCAACGAAAAAUCUACGCUCAUCGUGUUCUAUUAGCUGCAUAUAGCCCUUAUUUUCUUGCCAUGUUCACCGGAGAAUUAGCCGAAUCCAGACAAACAGAAGUAAUCAUCAGAGAUAUUGAUGAACACGCAAUGGAAUUAUUGAUUGAAUUUGCAUACACUUCACAUAUAGUUAUUGAAGAAAAUAAUGUUCAAGUUUUAUUACCUGCUGCUUGUCUUCUACAAAUGAACGAAAUACAAGAAGUUUGUUGCGAAUUUUUACGCCGUGAACUUGAUCCAUCCAAUUGUCUAGGGAUACGUUCGUUUGCUGAUACACAUGCAUGUCAGGAUCUUCUACAUUAUGCCGAUAAAUAUACUCAAGAUUAUUUUCAAGAAGUGAUUGAAAAUGAAGAAUUUCUGUUAUUGCCUGUCAAUCAAUUGAUCGAUAUUGUUUCAACCGAUGAAUUGAACAUAACAUCUGAAGAACAAGUUUAUAAUGCAAUCAUGAAAUGGGUUCGUUAUAAUGUACAAGAACGUGGUCAACAUCUAGCUCAUGUAUUGCAACAUGUACGAUUAUCACAAAUGUCAGCAAAGUUUUUAGUAGGAACCGUUUCCUCGGAUAUAUUGGUCAAAAAUGAUGAAGCUUGUCGUGAUUUGGUGGAUGAAGCGAAGAAUUAUCUAUUAUUACCACAGGAACGAACGUUAAUGGUUGGUCCACGUUUUCGGCCACGUAAACCUGUUCGUCGUGGGGAAGUAUUAUUCGCGGCUGGUGGAUGGUGUAGUGGUGAUGCUAUCGCUUCGGUUGAACGUUAUGAACCACAAACACGUGAAUGGCGUAUGGUUGCACCGAUGAAUAAACGUCGUUGUGGUGUUGGUUGUGCUGUAUUGAAUGAAUUACUUUAUGCAGUCGGCGGACAUGAUGGUCAAUCGUAUCUAAACAGUAUUGAACGCUAUGAUCCACAUACAAAUCAAUGGUCAAUCGAUGUUGCUCCAACUUCAACCUGUCGAACUUCGGUUGGCGUUGCUGUUCUCGAUGGAUAUCUGUAUGCAGUUGGUGGACAGGAUGGUGUUUCAUGUUUGAAUAUUGUCGAACGAUAUGAUCCACAAUCAAAUCGAUGGACAAAAUUAGGCGGUAUGACUUCAGGUCGUCUUGGUGUAGCUGUUGAAGUACUCGGUGGCUAUCUUUAUGCCAUUGGUGGAUCGGAUGGUAAUAGUCCAUUAAAUACCGUAGAAAGAUAUGAUCCACGUACAAAUCGAUGGAAUUUAGUUGCACCAAUGUGGACACGAAGAAAACAUCUUGGUUGUGCUGUUUAUAAUAAUAUGAUCUAUGCUGUUGGUGGUCGUGAUGAUACUACUGAACUUAGUUCAGCAGAAAGAUAUAAUCCACAAACCAAUACAUGGCAACCAAUCGUGGCCAUGACUACUAGACGUUCAGGUGUUGGUCUUGCCGUUGUAAAUGGACUUCUUUAUGCCGUUGGAGGAUUCGAUGGUACAACAUAUCUGAAAACAAUCGAAAUGUAUAGUCCAGAAGAUAAUCAAUGGCAACUUUGUGGUUCAAUGAAUUAUCGUCGUUUAGGUGGUGGUGUUGGCGUCAUACGAAUGUCACAUCCUACGGAAUCAUCAUUUACAAACAACAAAUAAUAAUCAAAAAGAAAAUCAUUAAUCUAUAUCAGUGAUUCUCAACCUUU